AGCAGAUGUAUCAUCGCUGUCUCAUCCGGUUGUCCAUUCCAUUGAAAUAGCAAUCCCAAACAAAAUCCCUAUACAUGACGGCGGUGGAGGAGGAAGGGAGGGCGACGUACGCGGCGCUAGAGGAGAUUCGGCCACACAACACAGGGCCGCUGCGCACCAUCACGGCGGUGGACAGCUACGCUGGUACAACACAAUGUGCCGAGGCAGACAUCUAUCCAGUGCUCGAAGGCGUCGGCACCGUGCACGCUCGACUCGGGUACACGUUCAGUGGGGCUCUGGAGAAGGGAGAGCCGAGCGGGCAGGGCACAUUGCGCUGGAGUGACGGCCGCACCGUCGUCGGCGUCUUUGCGCACGGCACCGUCGACGGCGUUGGCACGCUGCAUUGGCCGAACGGCGACCUCUACACCGGGAUGCUGCGCCACAGCGUCCGCAACGGCUCCGGCAGCUUCGUGUCCGACGGCGGUGCGUCGCGGUAUGAAGGGGACUGGCAGGACGGCAUGCGGCACGGCGACGGUGUGCAGCAGUACGCCAAUGAAAGUGUGUACACCGGGCAGUGGGUGCACAACGCACGUCACGGCCGCGGCACCCUGCGCUACUGCACCGGUGACGUUUACGAGGGCGAGUGGGACGGCGAUGUCCCUUCUGGGCGGGGUGCGAUGGGCUGGGUCGAUGCCUCGAAAGCAUUCUUCAAGGAGCUGUACGUGGGGGAAUGGCGGGACGGACAGCCGGAAGGAGCCGGGCAGUCGACAUACGUGGCCGUGCCAAAGCAGAGCGCUACCACACCUGUGGACGCCUCCACGCCAUUGCCGGUGCCGUCCAUGUUCAUCACGCCUGCGGAAGCACGGCUGAACGUGUACAUGGGUGAGUACAGCAAAGGCCAGCGCGACGGGGCUGGAACCUUUUAUUACGCGGAUGGGAGCUGCUACCAGGGGAGGUGGAAGGCCGGUGAGAAGAGUGGACUGGGUUUCUUCACCUCCGCUGUUGGGGAGAUGGUGGAGGAGCAGGACAACUUUCAUUCCGCGUUGGUAGCCAACACCGACGCCGAGCAGAUCAGCGCCCUCGCCAUCGUGCCCACUGUGUCGCCGUGCGGACUGGGCAAUCUGUUGGAGUCCGAGGACGAUUUACGUCUUGUGCUGCACAACCUCCUGCAGCGCUACAACACCACGUUGAAGACACUCUUCCAGCACUGCUGCCGGUUGAGAGAGGGCGUGGCGCUGCCUUCGACGCCGUGGGAUUGGUGGCAGCAGCGGCUGCCUGGACGGGUGACGCUGGUGCAGUGCCUCGCCCUCCUCCACACGGCACACAUCAUCGGCGCUGACUUCACGAUUGGUGAUACCCUACGCACAGCCGCGGAUGUGGUUGACAUCGAAACGACCGACCUGGAGAUGAGCAUGCUCUCCUCCACGACCCACGGACCAACAAGCCUGUCCUCCUCCAUCGAAGACAUCAACCAGGCCGACGGCACCCUCAACUACAGACAGUUUUGCGAGUGGCUCAUUCGGGUAGCGGUGCAGGUGGAGAAGGGCCCCGCAACGAUCACCGUCAGUGCGAAGCUGAGUGCGCUGCUGGAGGGCUCCUUGCGUGUGGCCACCACCUCCACGGGCAGCCCUUCAUCUUCGUCUUGCGUGGCUGCGGUAUUCCUCCCGCAUUCCCUGCGGCAUUCUGCGGAGGUGCAGGCGCACCUUCCCGCGUUGAGGAAGUGUUAUAAAGAGCUUCAGACCGUGCGGGACGGCGAGCGGGACUGCUGCAGCAGAGUGUCACUGCGCUCCUCCCUUACGGCGAUGCGGCGUACACUCGCACAGCACCACCUCACCCCUGCCGGCGUUGCAGAAGCGCUGGCGUGGUUGAAAGACGAGCCAACGGCAGCGGCGCCAAACGAUGAGACGGCCCCAUCGCAGUCGUUAGCCGAGGAAUUGAGAGUGUCAGCCAUGACCAAAAACAAGUUGGUGCAGCAGCCGAACGAGAAUGCCGAGGCAGCGCAAAGCUUCGUCGAGUUUGUAGAAACGAUCAUGACAGCGGCACACCUCGCCGAUUGCUCUGACGGUGCGAAAUUCACGGCGCUUCUGCACGAAAUACAACGCGGGCUGUACGAAAAAUAAAAUAGAAAACGAAGGUGACGCGUUUGGAUCUAAAGUGAGGAGGAGCACGAUUCUCAAGCAGGACCCGGCGGCGAAGCUUAUGGGAAUGGAUGUCCCAUCGCACACGUCAGCUGCGCAAAGAUGUAUAUAUUGCUGUGGGAGGUCUCUCGCCUAACAUGUAUCAUUAGUUUUUCGCUUCGUAUCUGUUUUAGCGGCGAGCCGAGGGCUUGUGCAAGGUCUCCCAACAGAAGCAUUUCAAA